ACGGUGACGUCAUUCUCCGCAGAGACAGCUGAUGCGCCGAGUCUUCGUCCUCCCGAGCUGCUCCUGAAUACAUGUUGAUCCUCAAACAGUCAGCGGUCAUUUUGGUUCAUUAACUACAGGUUAACCAGUAUGUUGCAGAGGGAGAGAAUACCGCUGCAGCUGAUUUUCCUUCAGGCUGCGCUCGUCGUGGCGUGGUGUUUCACUGACGUGGAAACGGGGCCUGGCGCAGGUGUAUCGACUCAGCCGAACGGAGAUCGCUUCAAAAUCGAGGGAAGAGCAAUAGUUCCGGGGAUUAAAACACAAGAUUGGGUAUCCACAGCCAGAGUCCUGGUAGAGGGAGAAGAAUAUGUGGGGUUUCUGAGAACUGAUGGGAGUUUUGCUGUGAAUGAUGUCCCUUCAGGAUCUUAUGUUGUGGAAGUUGUUACCCCCACCUAUAGAUUUGAACCAGUGCGUGUUGAUAUCACAACUAAGGGGAAAAUGAGGGCGCGCCUUGUCAACUACAUCAAGACAUCAGAGGUAAUUCGCCAGCCAUACCCUCUUCAGAUUAGAGCUAGCGGCCCCCACAGCUACUUCAUGAAGAGAGAAACCUGGGGAUGGACAGACUUCCUUAUGAACCCAAUGGUCAUGAUGAUGGUGCUGCCCCUGCUGAUCAUUGUUUUGCUGCCCAAGGUGGUCAACACCAAUGACCCAGAGAUGAGAAAGGAAAUGGAGCAAUCCAUGAACAUGCUGAAUCCCAACCCUGAGCUUCCAGACGUCUCUGAGCUCAUGACCAAGCUCUUCUCUGGUUCCAAGGGCUCCAGCAAGGCAGGCAGCAGCAGCAAGGGCACCAGGCCAGCUGCCAAGAGGAGGUAGUACUGCACAUGUCUCCUAAAAUCUGCCUGCAGAAGCUUGACUUAUGCCAUGGAAGCAAGAGUUUUAAAUGUCUUUUUUUUCUUCUGGGUUUAUUGUACAGAUUUCUUUAUUAAUACAUGUUUUGAGCACAUCAGGAUUUCUAAUAUGGUAUUGGAAACUGAGUAAAAAUAUUUUUUUCAUACUGCACUGAUAGAACAUUCUGCAAAAGCUGUUCUUCAUUUGCUUUGUACUUUGUACAUGUGACUGUACUACUCAUCAAUCUGUUCUGUGCUAACCCUCUGUUGUGCAUUUAUCUACCGCUGCUAAUUCCACUACCUGAAAGAGAGCAUAUAUACAUAUUAAGAGAUUUUCUUGUUUUGUUUUUUUCGGUUUCGGUAAUACGACUGUGAAUGAAGAUGAAUUGAAUUUUAAGAUUGAUAAAUUCUUAUUUAAAAACCUAGAGAAAUAAAUUGCAAUGGUAUAUGACAACUAUGUUUUCAUUUCAGUCCAUCUUAUUUGAGACUGAGCACAUGAUCUUUUCAUUUUUUGAAUUCCUGCGGUCAACUGUCUGGAUAGAAUUCAUAGACUGUAAAUUGUGUGCCUAAGGUAUAUAAAUUAAAUUGAUAACCUCUGGGAGUUCAAAGAGUGAAAGAGCUGUGUGUCUGCUUUUGCAGUCUCUACAUAGUGUAACUGGCUUUACUUUUAAUAAAGUGGACUGUCGAGUCCAUAUUAAAGUCACCAUAAAA